AUGUCGACGAAACAUCUAAGACGAAUGCUGCAGGAGAGAGAGCAGCAGGAGGAGGUAAAAGAAAGUUUAGAUGAGGAGGAACUUAUACCACGGCGAACUGGACCGUUGAACCGAUUUGCUGCUUUGCAAGAUGAUGAUGAUAAUGAUGAGACAGCGAAAAAAUCUGAAGGCGGUGGUGGACACAAUUCUGAAAAGUCCGAUGAAGAAAGACAUCUCCGCCCCAAGGCGAAGGACAAACGGAAGACGAACAAGAAGAAAAAGAACAGACAAGAAGGGAAAGAAGAAGAAACCAUAAGUGUGGCUGGAUCGCUGGCUGGUUGUGAAGCUAGAAAAGCCUUCCUUAUGUCCAUGAUUGGUAUACGGAAUCGCACUACUACGCCGGAGAUUGAGGCGAACGAGCAUCUGGGAGUUGCGGAAUUGCUCAAACCCGACCCACGUCUAUUUGAUCCUGCAGCGGAGCUCAAGAGAGCUCUUGGGAAAACUUUUAAGUAUAGUAGAAUUACAAACCUUUGCUGCACUACGGUUGUUCGAAUUAAUCACGAAUAUGAUUCAGUUCAAUGUUGUUUCGGUUGGUUGUGUUGGGCGGUGGAAGACGAAAAGGUAUUCGAUCCUGGAUUGAUCAAGGAAAUACUUGUUGGGAAUCCAUAUCAUUUGAAUUCACUAAUACUCUUGGCUAAUAUCUUUCAUAUGCAAGAGGAUAUUACAGAAUCGUGUGAUAUGAUAGAGCGUGGUAUAUUUUACUGUGAGCAGUGUUUGUCUGGCAAAUUCCAACUGAGUUCGUUUUUCCAUCGAAUAGACUAUUUGGACUAUGAGAACCGUGCCUUUUACCUCUUACUACAUCGACAUAUGAUGAAUUGUGUCCAUAAACGAAAUCUUGGAAAUCUGGAUUUCAUUUCAUUUAAGAUUUUUGAAAUUUUAACUCUAAAAGACCCCCUCGCAGUUCUAUUAGUUAUUGACACGAUUGCAAUUAAAGCUAAACAAUAUUCGUGGUUUAAGGAUUUUUAUCAACGUUGGAAGGAAUGGAAAAAUCUGAAUGUGCUACCCAAUUUUUGUUACUCAGCAGCUCUGGCACAGUUUCUCGAUGCGAAAACUGAUGAAGAUUUUGACGUUGCCGAUCAGUUGCUUACGCAAGCUAUCUGUGCUUUUCCGGGAGUGAUAAGUAUGUUGCUGGAUAAACUACAGAUUGAACCAGAUCCCCUUGUGGAAUCACAUCAUCAUCUCGGAACGUUCGCGCGUAAUAAAGAAAGCGAUGGCGUGAAACUAGUGUUUAAGAUUUAUGUCAAUGAAGCAGCCGAGCUAUGGAAAGUUCCUGAGACGUUAAGUUGGCUGGAGCAUGUGACUAGGAGCUGUGCCGAGAGGCAACAUUGCACGAAUGAAAUGAAAAUCUGGAGAGAGAAACGUAAACGGCUUUUCGUUGGUGUACCUCUGAACAUUCGUCGGUUGGCAGUUCUUCUCGGAUUAGAACCAUCAUCGUCCACCGUCACCGAUCCAGUGGCUCCGCUGAAUGGCCGCGCUAGGCAUGUUCAUUUCAUUCUUUAUUUACCUACCUCAUGA